AGAAAGCGUUUCCAGGUCAGCUCAGACAUGGAGGGAGCAGCAGAGAGACAAAGAGCAGGCAGGGAGGUGGUGGAGGACAAAGGCUCGGUGGAGAGGCCAUGGGGGGAGGCCGAGGUGCUCGCUCUCAUGUCAGUGUGGGACGAGGUGGGCGCUCAGCACGUCGCCGAGAGCAGGAGCACGUUCGAGCUGAUCUCAGAGCGUCUGAGGAGGCUCAGCAUUGUGCGCAGCUGGUGGGAGUGUCAGGCCCAAUGCAGGAGCCUGGGGCUGCAGAGCAGGAAGUGUGACGCAGCAGCAGCAAAUUACAGCGCAGAAGAAGAAGAGGAGGAGGAAGACAGGCUGGAGGAGGGCUGGGAGGAAGAGGAGGAUGAGGGGACUCAAAGAAGGAUCUACCCUUCCUCAGGCCCUAUCCCCAUGCAGGAAGGCCUCCGGACUCAAAUCCAGCGAGCUCUUUCUUACACCCCAACUGUGGCCGAGGAGGGCGGCCGCCACUGGACAGAUGACGAGGUCCGAGCUUUGCUGUGCGUCUGGGCUGACCGCCGAAUUCGAGAACGCCUGAAGAGCACGCUGCGCAACAAGUGCAUCUUCCAGGAGAUGGCCUUUCAGAUGCAGAGGAACUUUGGCGUGGUGAGAAACUGGAAACAAUGUCGGACUAAGUACAAGAACCUGAAGUACGACCACAAGACGGCCAAGAGUGCUCACGCCGCAGCGGGAAGCGGCUCGGGAGGGCCGGGGAAAUACAUGAAGUUCUUCGAUGAGGUGGACGCCAUCCUGAUGGGCCGCGGGCUGGAGGACGGGACGAUGGAGAUGCAGAGGAGGCUGUACGAUGGAGAAACAGGAGCACAGAGGCUGCAAACGCCGGGGUCAGAGAGCGAGGUCGUCAUUGAAAUCGACGAUGACAGCAAUGAUUAUGAUAUGACCGGAGACAUAGAAGCAAGGUGGAAAAGAACAGAUGCCCAUCUUUCACUCACAGAUCAACCGGAUCAGUUCCACGUGGUCACCGUACCGGACACAGGUCGGAACUGGAGCGAGCAGGAGGUGCGAGCGCUGGUUCAAGUCUGGUCUGAUGAGCGUGUGUGCAGACAGCUGGAGAGCUCGACCAGAAAGAGAGACAUCUUCGUCCAGAUCUCCAACAGGCUGCUGCAGCAGGGAAUCGAGCGCGACUGGAAGCAGUGUCACACCAAGUACAAAAACCUGAAGUACCUCUACCGCUCGCUCCAGAGGGGAAUGACCAAGGAAACUGACCCGAGACGCAUCAUGAGGUUCUACAACGAGGUGGACGCCAUAAUGACCCGCACAAAGAAUGGCAGAAACGCCGCAAACAACAGAGACUCAGUCAGACUCUCGAUGUCCGAGGACUGUGAAGACAAAGAUAGCAUAGAUAUCAGUUUGAACAAGAUGAACUCAGAGAGCACUACGGCAUCAGCGAUGGAAGACAGAACCUGCAGUUCUGGUUCCUCCGUAAGCCUCGAUGUUCCUGCAAACAAUAAAGAAACAAGGAUCCACGCAGUCCAGGAGGGGCGAUCGGAUCUACACCACAGAUUCAUGAGCUCCUCUAAUGACCGGGCAGAGGAAGAGGAGAAAUCCUUUACACCCGACAGACCCAAGAAGAGGAAAUCUAUGGAUCAAGACUCCACACUUGAAAGAGCAGUAAAACGGCUGUACACACACUCUGAAUCUGCUGAUAACCCAAAGGUCCAAUGUAAAGAAGAGGACGAUCACAUCCCCAUAAUAAAGAUCAAUUCAGUGCGGUCAAUGGCCUCCUCUGAUUCGUCCCCUGACAGACAGAGCUGUGGGUCGCGAAAUUACCCCAUCAUGUCCUCCACACCAGAGUUGAAGAUCGGCCAAAAGUUGAAUGAAGGGAAGACGAAGCAGAUUUUCGAGCUCCUGGACCAGCCAGGUCUGGUUCUGGUUCAAUCCAAAGACCAGAUCACCGCCGGGAACGCGGUGAGGAAGGACCAGAUGGAGGGAAAGGCUGCCAUCGCCAACAAGACGACGAGCUGCGUGUUCAAGCUGCUGCAGGAGUCUGGCGUUAAGACGGCGUUCGUGCAGCAGCACUCGGACACGGCGUUCCUCGCAGCUCACUGUGAGAUGAUCCCCAUCGAGUGGGUCUGUCGCAGAGUCGCCACUGGAUCAUUCCUCAAGAGGAAUCCAGGAGUCAAAGAGGGCUAUCGCUUCUCCCCCCUGAAGAUGGAGAUGUUCUUUAAAGAUGAUGCCAACAACGACCCCCAGUGGUCGGAGGAGCAGCUGCUGGAGGCCAAGUUCUGUCUUGCUGGACUCUCCAUCGGUCAGUGUGAGGUGGACAUCAUGAACCGCAGCACCGUGGCCAUCUUUGAGAUCUUGGAGAAAGCCUGGGCCACCCAGAACUGUACCCUGGUGGAUAUGAAGAUCGAGUUUGGCGUUAACGUGAAGACUAAGGAGAUCGUUCUUGCCGAUGUGAUCGAUAACGAUUCAUGGAGGCUGUGGCCGGCUGGAGACCGGAGCCAGCAGAAAGAUAAGCAGGUGUACAGAGACCUGAAAGAAGUCACACCUGAGGCCAUGCAGAUGGUGAAGAGGAACUUUGAGUGGGUCUCUGAAAGAGUGAAGCUGCUGUUGGAGCCUCAGGCCAGCGGGCGGGUGGUGGUCCUGAUGGGCUCCACCUCGGACAUGGCUCACUGUGAGAAGAUCAGGAAGGCGUGUUUGUCGUACGGGAUCCCCUGUGUCCUCAGAGUCACCUCAGCUCACAAAGGACCGGACGAGACUCUGCGCAUCAAAGCUCAAUAUGAGGGUGAUGGCGUCCCCACAGUCUUUGUGGCUGUAGCCGGCAGGAGUAACGGCCUCGGACCAGUGAUGUCGGGAAACACGGCCUAUCCUGUCAUCAACUGCCCCCCUCUCACUCCAGACUGGGGCGCCCAGGAUGUCUGGUCCUCCCUGCGUAUGCCGAGCGGUCUCGGCUGCUCCACCGUCCUCUCCCCCGAGGCCGCCGCUCAGUUUGCGGCACAGAUCUUCGGUCUGACCGAUCACCUGGUGUGGUGCAAACUUCGUACCUCCAUGCUGAACACCUGGGUGUCCCUAAAGCUGGCUGACCAGAAGCUGCAGGCCUGCAGCCUCUAAACGGAUCCUGUUCUGUUAGAGCGCCCCCUGUCUGUUUACCAUGGAAACCUACUAUCAAUGUACUUCUCACUUUAAUCAUUCCAUUAAAGAAAACCAUUAAAAGCUUCUUAAAUAAAUCUUCUGUGAUUGUAA